AUGGUGCAAACUCGAUCCAACAGAAAUAUUCCUCGUGGAGCAUGUCCUCCUGUUAACCUUCCAGUCAAUCCUCCCAAUGAAUCUGUUGCUCAGAACAUGGAAGUUCCACCUGCACCUAUACCUGAGGCCCCUCCAGCUCAUGCACCUGCACCUUCCCCUGGUAUGACUGCUAAUGAGGUGGCUACCAUCAUGACCAAUAUGAUGCAGGCACAUGCCGCACCAGGGGCUUCUCCUGUAUUUGACUCACCACCUGUACCUGAUAAGUUUGUGGAAGACAGACAAGGAGUUAAGGGUGUAAAACAACAUGGGUCCAGGAAGAGACCUAUGAACUCACAAGAGCCUGGAGAGCCUAAUAAGGCUCCCAGAGGACCCUAUCCUGAUUCAACUCCAACAUGCUCUGACGGGGAGGAUGCAAAUCGACCUAGCCAAUCGGCAUAA